AUGGGCUGCGCGCUGGCCUAUCAACUGGCGGCCGUGAGGUCCACGACUGUCCUGUGCAUGCGCAAGGGAGACACGGUAUUAAUAGCUGCUGACGGCCAGGUGACCAUCGGCUCUCAGAUUGUAAAGCCAAAUGUGAGGAAAAUCCGAAAAAUCAAUGACAAGGUUCUGGUUGGAUAUGCAGGAGCCACUGCUGAUGCAUUUACAUUGUUCGAUGCCCUUGAGAUGAAAAUCGAGGAGUACCCAGACCAGAUUGUUCGAGCUGCUGUGGAACUGGCAAAGGCGUGGCGGACUGACAAAUUCCUCAGGAAAUUGGAGGCAGUGUUGCUGGUGGCGGAUGACAACCAUUUGCUUGAAAUCACUGGUGUUGGGGAUGUUAUAGAGCCCCAUGAUGGUGUGAUGGCCAUUGGGUCUGGUGGCCCAUACGCACUCGCAGCAGCACGGGCUCUGAUCGACAUUCCAGGCAUGGAUGCAAAAGCAGUAGCUGAGAAGGCUAUGAAGAUUGCCGCGGACAUUUGCGUCUAUUCAAACCACAACAUCAUGUAUGAAGAACUGACCAUCCAGCAGGAAGUGAGCUCCCCUGCAUCCUCUGAGGCCCUGCCUGUUCCGGAUGCAAAUCCCAAGACAGCGGGUUCUGGUGUUGAAGAAUCAGGGCCAACGGCACCAGUGGCUGACAGGGAUAAGAUCCAAGAAGCAGAUGAUAGUGCAAAGGCGUGCGAUGGCCCUAUGGUCGAAGGUGCUGACAAGGUCACAAGUGCAGACGGAGUUAAAGGUGAAGAUGCUGUGGAUGGAUCUGUGAGUGAUGCUGGCGAUGCGGAUGGUAAAACAGCAGAAGAGAGCAAAGCAAUGGAUGAAAUGCAAAUUGCUGGUGAUGGCAAGGACGCUGAUGGCAAGGAAGGUGACGGGAAGAAGGGGGAUGUGAAAGUGAAGAAAGAAGCUGACAAGAGGUCAGAUGGGACGAGCAAGAGGAAAAAGUAG